GACUUCCUUUAGACGAUCUUCGAAGAUCGACCAGUGCGCGUUCGGGAAGUCUAACGGAAGGUAUCGCGAAAGAAACGAGAAAUCGGUUGUGUCGGUGCAAUAUCGGAAACGUGACAUUGAUAACUUACAAUUAGAUCCUAAUUUAUCUCUCUCUGUCUCUUUGUCCAAAUCUGCGUGUCCUAGGGAACACUUGUCGGCGGCGACGGUUGUUCUUUUUUUUAUUUUUUAUUUUUUUCAAAAUUCCCACCGAUCUCUACGCGAUCACGCACGCUCUAAUCCACCUCGUUCGAACGUUUGCACGUAAUUCGCGUUAAAGAGAGAGAGAGAGAGAGAGUAUGGAACUGGACGUAACGAUGGACAACCGAUCGCAACAAUGUCCUCCUCCUCAUCCUCCUCCUCCUCUUCUUCUUCUUCGAUUCGUGUUUCGAAAAAGAUUAACGAUAGACAACGCGUUUCUAUGUUUAUUUGUGAAUGCUAAAUUACUUCGAGUUUAACAUCAUCAUGUCGAUCGGUUUAUCGUUUGAAUUUAAAUAAUACGCGAAAUACCAAGAGAAGGAACGCGUCAUCGUUGACUGUGUGGAGUACUCUAAGUAGAGAACUAGGUCUGGAACGAGUAGCGGAGGAGUUGAUGGGCCGUAGGAGAUGGAAGCAAUAUCAGGACACCCUGUACAGCGGCACGCGCAUCAGCGAAUCUACGACGACGACGACGACGACGGCGGCAGCGGGCCAGCCCCUCCACCGGCUUUAUCCGACGUUGUCAUCGUCUUGCAAUCCGGUGCUCGGAAAUCUGGGCCAGAUCGGGGGACCGCCCGGUGGUGGUCACCUGCUUCAUCCGGCACCAUCGCCGACUAUUACGCCAGCAGGAGCUACGACGGUUCUUGCGACGGGUCUAGCGACGGGUCUGGGAACAGGGGUGACGACGGGGGUAGCGACGGGGGUCGCUACGGGGGUGGCAGGAGUGCCUGGGAGCUUGGUUGCUUCCACGGCUACCACGGCCACCGUCGUACCCACGAUCGGUCACCUCAAACAAGACGUUUCAUCUAUUCAGAGGCAUCAUCCUCAAAAUCAUCAUCAUCAUCAUCAUCAUCAUCAUCAUCGUCAUCCUCCCUCUCAUCUCCAUACGCCGUCCUUGCUGGCCCAGCAGCAGCAGCAACAGCAGCAGCAGCAGCAACAGGAUCAGCUUUAUCAGCAAAAACAGCUGCAACAGCAACAACAGCAAGAAGAAUCGAGACGUUUGAGACCAGAGGAAAUAAAAAUCGAAGCGGACGAAGAAGAGUCCGGAGAAGGCAGUGGUGGUGGUGGUGGUGGUGGUAUCGUCGUACGAGAGAACGCGAGGACAACGGAUUUGGUGGCAACGAGUAUUACGACGACGAGUACGACGACGACGACGACGACAAACUCGACGCAAACGACGAAUACGGGUACCGCGAGUACGACAACGACGUCGUCAUCGACGACGACAUCCGCUACGACGACAACCACGACCACGACGACGAAUACCUGCUGCGUCGCGAGUACCACGGCAUCGGCGAAUUUGGUCUCGUCGAGAAGACGACGUCGAGCGAGAAGACAAAACGACGGAGAGGAAGCCGACCCCGAGGAGGAGGAAGACGACGGGGAGGAGGAGGAGGGGGAAGGAAACGAGGUGGAAGACUCGAGGACGCGAGGAGAGGAACCGGAAAAACGGCUGAAACUCGACGAGGACGUAGACAGGUCCGUCAGUAGUCCUCCUCACAGAACGGAUAUCGAACGAGCGUCCGUCAAUCUUUCGGCUACCAACGGCACGAACGACAACAACGCGGCGGAAGGGACCAAGGAACGGGUAGGAGGGGAGCUCGCGUUGGAACGGAUACCAGUGACGCAAGCUUUACUCAGAGUUAAAAAAGAAGAGGAGUUACAGGAGGUGCCAGGUGGUGGUGGUGUUGGUGGUGGUGGUGGUGGUGGUUUAGGAAUCGAAAGGACGACCCCGGCUUCCGAUUCGGAAGGGACCAGAAAAGUUGGUAGUGGCGGCGUUGUUGGCGGUGUUGGUGUCAUAUCAAACGAGGCUGCUGAAAUAACGGCGAAAAGUAUUGUUCCGCCUUACGUUAUAACGAGUAGACGUACGAGUCCACCGCCCGAAGAUUGGAAGCCUUUAGAAAAGUGUUACUUCUGCCUCGAUGGGAAGCUGUCCCACGACGAUCAAGCGCCGCUCAGUCCACAGAGCGACAGCAGCAGUAGUUCGCGAUCGGUGGAGUCACCGAUGUCGGUCCAAGUCGACCCAAUGGCGGCGUCCGUCGUCGCGGCCGCUCUCAGCGGUACUUACCCGACUUUAUUGCCUCAGUGGUGCUUACCACCAAGAGAGGCACCUCUCGUCGGGGUACAGGCUCAUCAGGACAGUGCCACGUCGGUCGAUCAACCACUCGAUCUCUCGGCGAAACCGAAAAAUUCUCAGGAUAACAACAUAUCUCCGCUAGAACAACAAAAAAUACCUCUGAGGAUGCCCCCGGGUAUGGACUCCAAGAGCAUCUUCAACUCGUGUUACCGUGCGAAACCGCGUAUUGCCGUGCCAGUGACGGCAGCGGCAGCGGCUGUAGCUGCGGCGACAGUGGUGGGUGCAGGGGGUAGCGUCAGCAGGAAGACUUACACCGAGGAAGAACUACAGGCGGCCCUAAGAGAUAUCCAAAGUGGAAAACUCGGCACGCGAAGGGCAGCCGUGAUUUAUGGGAUACCAAGAAGCACCCUACGCAACAAGGUCUACAAGCUUGCGAUGGAGCGCGAAAGGGACGCGUCCCUCUCUAGCACCCAUUCACACCCUCACGAGUCCGGCGCCCAAGCCACCACCACCACCACCAUCACCACCACCACCACCAUCACCACUACAACACCACCAAAUACGACCCAAAACGCGACCACUCCGCCCCCGCAAGUGGACGAGUUUAACACGCGGCCACUCGGCGUUCGCGAGGUUUCAAGGCACGAGGUGGACGAAAAGGAACUAUCGGGAGCGGAAGAGGAAAAAGAGGUCGAGAAAGCACUCCUGAAACCUUUGUUGUCGUUGGAAGACCUCGUAAGGUUUUCCGCACUCGAAGGUAGCGGUGGAGAUUCCCUGAGGAGUCUGCUUCAGCGAGGACAGGAUGUGGGUCAGGAAUGGCCGGGUUUGGAACACGCAAACAUUGGUCCGUACAUUCAAAAAAUGUUGGCCGCGGCUGCACCGUUCAAAGGACUAGAAACGCAAGACUACCGCAUUCCGGAGGUGAUGAGAAGGUUAAUGAGCGAGGAUAAGAGGUUGAAUAAGAGCGUUAACGGAGAUCAAGGACAGGGACCGCAUCAGCAACAACAGCAGCAGCUUCAACAUCAUCAACAUCAUCACCAUCCGGGAUCGGGAGUAGGAGGGCAUCACCAAAGUGGGCCGCAAACGAGCGGGCAAUCGACGACGCAACAACAAGCGCAUCAACAUCUACGGGCACCGAUAACCAACGACGAUUUUAAUCCGAGCAUCGAGGAAGAAGCGAGCGAUAGUGCUCAAGGCAGAGCAAUAUUGAAGAUUCCGUCCUACAAGCCAGCGAGUACGCCAGGUUGUUCGAGUAACAAGAACGGCGAACCGACGUCGGCUGCUUUCGCUCAGGGAUUUGCGGCAACGGCUUCGAGUCCAAAUCUUUUGGAACGCGCUAGCCCCGCGUUUUCGGGAACGAGCAGCCCGACGAACUCUCUGGUCGGCAAGGCGGUGCCCGUUAAUUUUCGAGAAGUCAUCGCGAAGAGUAUAAGCGUCAAGUUCCAAGAAGGUCAACAGGCUGGUGGUGGUGUUACAGCCGGAUUGGCGGGUUGUCAAGGGAGUAACGUGGGCCAGUCGCAACAACAAAUGAUGCCUGAGCCGAGUCCUUUCAAAAGAGGUCGUUAUACGCCACCUCAACCAUCGCUACCUGUCCAGCAAUCACAACAGAAUAAACCGCAAAAUCAAGACGCCAACAAACCUAAACCCGGCACCGGUGGAAAGGGAACUAGACCGAAACGCGGAAAGUAUAGAAAUUACGAUAGAGAUAGCCUUGUGGAAGCUGUGCGCGCGGUCCAACGAGGCGAGAUGAGUGUUCAUCGAGCUGGUAGCUACUACGGCGUGCCGCAUUCCACCCUCGAGUACAAAGUUAAAGAACGCCACCUCAUGAGGCCACGCAAGAGGGACCAGAAGCAACCGGACGACAAGACGAAAGACGGCACGAGUACGACUACGGCAGCAGCAGCGGCCGCAGCAGCAGCCGCAGCCGCCGCGGCUGCAGUUAUGAGACCUGGUGGUACGACCGACAAAAAGGCCCCGCUUAAGGCUCAAAAACCGUUCGCCCCGGCCAGUGGGAUCCCUGGUCCUAACGGGCUGAAGAUGCCGUUCAUGGAAGGCAUGCCGCAUUUACCUUUUCCACCUUUUAACUUUUGGAGUCCUGCCCCGUUCUUACCCUCGCCGUUCAUGCCGGGUGCCGCUAACGUACCGACCAUGAUUCCUGAACAAUACUUUGCGUCGCAAAGAAUGCGUGGUCUGCAAGAACAACAAAGGAGCGCAGCGAUAGUUCAGCAACAGCCCCAUCAACAACACUCCCAACGAGAAAGAGAGGGUGGUGCGGCCGUCCCAACAACGGAAACACCUGGAACAUCGACUGCGAGAAAUUCUACGAGCGCUAAGACGCCCAGAGAAUUAACGGAAAGCCUUUACGAUGGUACCGGGGCGAAUGGAAGUUUUUUGGACAAUCUGAUAAGAUCGAGUCUCGAGACCGGUAUACCUAGGGACCAGCGAAUCUUGACCGAGACCAGGAGUCAACAGCAACAAACGUCGUCUUCGUCGUCUACGUCGUCGUCUUCGUCGCAACAACAGCAACAACAGCAACAACAACCACAACAACAACAACAACAACAGCAGCAGCAGCAACAUCCUGAAACGAUGAGCGGCAAGGCCUUGAUCGAUCAACUCUGUAGGAAUUCGAGGAGGACACCGUUGUCGCGUAUAACGCAAGAUAGUAGCGAAGACGAGAGUUACAGGGGACCAUCGGGAACCUCCGGCAGACUCGAUAGAGUACCAGAGAGACCAGAGAGGGUACCCACCGUUGAUCUCAGUCCGUCGCCCUCCGAGAGGGCUCGUACCGACGAUGGUAGCGAUCGUUUGACCUCACCACCAACGCCUCUUUCCAUAUCUCGUGCGGGAAGCAGGGACGAGGACAGUACUCGCGAGUCGAGGUUAGAUCGUGCCAGUAGAGAACGCGAGAUCCAUAAUGGUGCAGCUCAGGAAGAUCGAGGAGGUACUACUCUCGUACAACAACAACAGCAACAGCAACAAUUGAAUCAUUACCCGGACUUACACAAUCUUUAUGCCGUAACAACUGACAAAAAAAGUGCCUGUGAUAGUAAGCUUAUAGUAGAUCAUUCGAGCCAGAAGACUCAACAGCAACAACAACAGCAGCAACAGCAACAACAACAACAGAAGGAAUACGCCGCUGUAAGCGGUUUGGUCGUGCAACUGCAAAGGGGUUACAACACCGGCAGCAGCAGGUCCGCCGAACAAACCAACAGCCAACAACCGGCGGAACAACGUGGACCUGUCAUCGGUAUGGAAGACUCCGUAGAGCAGUAGACGAAAGUCAGUAUCAGUUAUCAAUAAGGUAUAGAAUUAUGGUAACGGUAAUCGAUUUCGAACAUUAAUUCCGUAAAACCUUAUUCAUUCGAAUAACUCUAUAGUUAUAUCCCCCAUGUCUCUAAAUUCCGUUCUUCGUCCUUUAUCGCAAAUGGUUCCAUUCCAAUUCGACGAUUCGAUUAGGAUGAUCAAUGAGGAAUAUUAGAAGACUAUUUGGACGUAAUACAAGGAUUACCCACCCUAUUCCCACCCCCAACACAUUCCCCCUAUAUUCCCGAACUUCGUUCGAAAACUAUAGAUACUUGAAGAAGCUAGUCUUCUUCUUUUUCGAACCUCCUACGACAGAGAUCAGUGAAAAAAUCAGUAAAAAAAAAUAAACGCUUCGGGUAACAUCGAUCGAGUAAACUCACUAUGAAUUUUUUCCAAAAAAACUCGAUCGACCGAUCCCACCCCUUCCCCGGUGUAUGUGGUCCAUAUAUGCUAUCGGUGGAAAUCCUUCGAGUGUGGCGAUUUUUUCAUGCGAAUGAAUUUUCGGAACAGACACCCUUAACUCUAAGGUAUUGAUUAAUGACACGAUAAGAUUUAAUCUACUAUACUACUACUACUACUACUACUAUUACUACUACUACUACUACUACUACUACUACUACUACUAUUUACUUACUCACAUUAUGCCGAGUAUCCUUUCGUACACGUACCAUUAUACGUCACGCUUACAGAAAGGAAUACAAACGUAAUCGGUGAAUGAUACACUGACAAAAAAACACUAAUACAGACGAAGAAAUACAAUUUAUAGUAGGGAACACGAAGCAGCGUAGUAGAGGCAACGCGUAUACGGGAUCCGCAUACGCGUUUAACAUUUUUAGGAUUCCAUUUUCGAGUAUGUUGCGAAUAAAAGCAUACCCGUUUGCCGUAUACUAAUCUAUAAGACGAUCAAUCGUUUAAAUUAAGAUCGACGAAGCGAAAGGAGAGCUAGCUAAAUGCGUUUUAGGUGAAACAAAGAUAAAGAUAAAUGAAGGAGAUGAUGAAGAUGAAGAUGAUGGAAAGAAACAAAAAAGAAAAAAAGAAAUGAAAUAAGUAAAAGAAAAGAAUAAGACAAACGACAACAGCGUAAUUAUUUCCUCUAUCGAUGUAAAACUACCUAAUGGAAAACUUAUUACCUACUAUUAACAUUACUUAACUCGUAAGGAGCAUAAUUAUAUAAGGAAUGAUAUAUUAUAUAUAUAUACAUAUAUUUUUGGUCAUUACGGACGUAUGCGAAAUGAGAAACGAGCCAAGGCUUUUUUGGCGCACGUAGGUGACAUUUUUUCACAAGGCGACAAUAUUUCUCUAAUCUCAGUUCUCUUUAAGGCCGGUGUUCGACGCUAACGCAUCAUCCCACGUUUUACGAGACACGUUGUUUAGCUUGGAAUAAACGCGAUAAUCGAGAAAAAGAUAAGGGGGACACAAAUUUAAUUUAGUUCAAGGAACUCAUGGGGAGACAGAUAGAAGGAUUUCUCGAUAGGAUUUCGUCAAAUUUUGUUGUACUAAUAAAAUUGGUCUUGCGCUAAGCUUCUCUAUUUACCAUUUGUUCUUUUUUUACACUUUAUUCGCGAUAUUUUAUUUAAAAGAUUCUAAUAUAAUAAAGAUUAAUAAUAUAAUGUAAAAGGAAAAACGCGUUACUAGAGUGAGAGAAAAAAAAAAAAAAAAGGGGGAUGAGAUAUUGUCCAAAGGAGGAUACCCUUUUAUAGUCUGUGACAUUAAUGGUGCUUCCUGAGGACAUCCGGAAUACGGAUAUCCUGGAAAUAUUUAACAAGCUAUUAAAAUAGAGGGUAUUCUCGAGACUAUCUCGAGGUAUAUCUCGUUAAGAGAUAAAAAAUAUAGUGGGUAACACAUUUUUAGGAAAAGGAAAAAAAAAAA